GACAAAACGCCAUAGCUCUAAGCAUUUUAUCAGUCUCAAGCGGGUGCAACCAACGUGCAAGGCUUCUGCGAAGCAUAGGGAGGAUAUGGAAAAUGGUCUAUUGGAGAAAGAUAGAGAGGCAGAGAUAGAGGGUGGUCGUUCAGGCAUAACAUGGAGAGUCUUUGUUCAAGAGGUGAAAGCGGUUGGUUAUAUAGCAGCUCCUAUGAUUACCGUCACUUUGUCACAGUAUUUUCUACAAAUUAUUUCAAUGAUGAUGGUGGGUCACUUGGGUAAACUUGCUCUCUCUAGCACAGCAAUUGCCAUGUCUCUUUGUGCUGUCUCUGGCUUUAGUGUUCUCUUUGGAAUGUCAUGUGCACUGGAAACUCUAUGUGGGCAAGCCUAUGGAGCACAGCAAUAUCGAAAAUUUGGUGUUCAAAUUUACACUGCUAUUGUCUCUCUUUUUUUAGCUUGUCUUCCUCUGACUCUUCUGUGGAUCAACUUUGGGAAGCUACUCACUUUACUUGGUCAAGACCCUUUGAUUUCACAUGAAGCUGGAAAAUUUGCUGUGUGUCUGAUUCCUGCUCUCUUUGCUUAUGGAACACUUCAGGUCAUGGUUAGAUACUUUCUGAUGCAAAGUUUGAUCAGUCCCCUUGUUAUGAGUGCCUGUUUUACUCUUUGCUUCCACGUAGCUUUCUGUUGGCUGCUAGUUUUUAAAUCUGGAUUAGGUAGCUUAGGAGCUGCAUUUUCUGUUGGUACUUCAUACUGGUUGAACGUUAUUUUACUUGGAUUAUAUAUGAAAUUCUCUACUAAAUGUGAAAGGACUCGAGUUCCAAUUACAAUGGAGCUAUUCCAUGGGAUUGGAGAAUUCUUCCGCUUUGCUAUUCCUUCAGCUGGAAUGAUUUGCCUUGAGUGGUGGUCAUUUGAGCUGAUAAUCUUGCUUUCUGGUCUUCUACCAAAUCCAGAGCUUGAAACUUCAGUCUUAUCCAUAUGUUUAUCAACCACCACAACAAUCUAUACAAUACCAGAAUCAAUUGGCUCAGCAGCAAGCACUAGAGUUUCAAAUGCAUUAGGAGCUGGAAGUCCACAAGCAGCACGACUAUCUGCUUCUGCUGCUAUGACUCUUGCAGCAUCAGAGGCUCUUCUGGUGAGCUUAAUCAUUUUUGCCUGCAGGCAGGUUUUAGGUUAUGUAUUUAGCAAUGAGCAGGAGGUGGUGGAUUAUGUCACAGAUAUAGUUCCUCUGUUAAGUCUAUCUGUUAUAGUGGACACUUUACAUGGUACCCUGUCAGGUAUUGCUAGAGGAUGUGGGUGGCAGCACAUAGGAGCAUAUGUGAACCUUGGAGCUUAUUAUGUUUUGGGAAUUCCAAUUGCGAUUAUUUUGGGUUUCUUGUUACAGUUGAGAGGAAAAGGCCUGUGGGGUGGAAUAAUGAUUGGUGCCUUCUGUCAAACAGUUACCCUAUCCCUCAUAACAAGUUGCACAAACUGGGAAAAACAGGCAAUGAAGGCAAGGGAAAGGAUAUUUCAGGGAAGAAGUUUUGCAAUAGAAGAUGGAUUAGUUUGAGCAAAUAAAAUACAUUCCUUAAAGCUGUCAGCUUGUUUAGUUGGUAUUGGUUAAGCUUAGCUUUGGAUGCAGAAAAGAAUAAAUUUCAAUUACAUUAAGGAGGGGGGAAAUUUCAUACCAAGACAAGUGUAAUAAAAAUGAUUUUU